CAUAGUUCCCCAUUGUUGAAAAUGUCAAUUGUUCCUCAUAAUUUAUUACCUCUACGAAGGCUGGCUCACAUUUUUAUGACCGGUUGAGAUUACUCAAGAUGAAUGUCUUUACUGUAAAUGCUUUCCUAAUAUAUUUUUCCAUAAAUGCUGGAGAAUCAUGCACAAAAAUUACUGAGAAUCUGCACUACUCAUGCAUGGGAAGAAACCUUAGUUACAUACCAUCCAAUAUUCCUUCUUCCAUUCAAACUCUGGAUUUCAGUUUUAAUGUUUUGAAAUGCUUACAUAGGAGUGUUUUCCCAGUUUUGUCUUUCCUCCAAGUUCUUGAUCUUUCAAGGUGCCACAUCAAGCACAUUGAAAAUGAUACUUUCUACAAUGUGAAGAAUUUGAUAACUCUGAUUCUCACUGGAAACCCCAUUACAAAUUACGGACCUGGAUGCUUGAAUUGUUUACAUAAUCUACAAAGACUAGUUCUUGUGGAUGUUGGUCUCUCGUCAUUACAGCUUCAGAUAAAUAACCUAACCAAACUGCAGGAGCUUAAAGUCGGGACAAAUAACAUCCAGUCCAUGUCUCUCCCUUCAUUCAUGAGCACCUUCAAAGACUUCAGUCUACUUGAUCUACAUGCCAAUAAUAUAUCCAUCAUCAAAACCGGACGACACAGUUGUGUUAAGGAGAUCGGCAGAAACAUGACUUUGAUUCUCUCUAGGAAUCCGUUAUUAUACAUUGAAUUAGGAGCUUUCAAAGACAUUUAUCUCAGAGAACUGGACAUCCGAUCUGCCUUUGUUUCGCCUGAUGCUCAGAAAGCUGGACUAAAAGCUCUAUAUGGGCUUAAUGUCAAACGGCUAAUGUUUGGAAAAUACAGGUGUGAUUACAAGAUUUUGUCAUCAGAUGCAAACUAUUUAGAUGAUCUUUGCUUUAUUAAUUUUAAUGAGAUAUAUUAUUACAUGAAAGAAAGGCAUGAUGUGCCAGUUAGUAUAUUUCGCUGCAUGAUUAAUGCCACAGUUGUAGCUGUGAAGGCUGGUAUAAUUCGUGAAAUAACAAAUGUGCCAUUUCAUGAAAUCAAGGAGCUUUAUUUGAUUUCCAAUCAAUUAGAUACUGUGCCAGGCAAACAACUCGCACAUCUUCAUACUUUAGAAAAACUUGUAUUUACAAACAACGUUGCAACCCAAAUUCCAGACUUCGUAGACAUGCCUAGGCUUCAGUACGUAGAUCUGAGUUCAAACCAAAUUACAUUAACGUCAUGCUGCUCAUUUUUUUCUGGCACUCCUCAAUUGAGGUAUUUAAAUUUGAGUCUAAAUCCACAAAUUGGUCUUUCUAUAGGACCAUUUGAUGGACUUGAUUCCCUUGAGAUACUAGAUUUCCAUCAUACAAGGGUUGUAGGUAUGGGAUACCUUUCACUUUUUUCUAAUUUAAAGUACUUGAGAUAUCUGGACAUUUCUUUUUCAAGUAUUACCUUUAUUAACAUAUAUUGCUUUUAUGGGCUAAGAAAUCUUAAUGUUCUUAAGAUCGCCGGCAGUAAUUUUCAGGGAGAUGUAGCAAGAUAUUUGUUUAAUAAUCUGACUUUUCUAGAGCAUCUUGACAUGUCUUUUUGUCGAAUGGUAGAGUUACAUCCAGACUCAUUCAAAAAUCUUCAAAGGCUUAGACUUUUAAAUUUGAGAGGAAACAAUUUAAUGACUGUAGAUUUUCUAGCCCUCCCAAACCUGAAACAAUUAACAUCACUUUAUGUCGAUAAAAACAGCAUUACUAGCAUCCCACUUCAUGUUCUCCACAAAUUGCCUACAAAUCUUUCAGAUUUUGAUUUAUCCUCAAACCCCAUCGAUUGCUCUUGCUCCCAGACAGAUUUUAUUUCCUGGAUUAUCCAAAACCAGAAAGUUUUGAAGAAACCUGAAUAUAUUUUCUGUAAAACCUUUCCACCAACCUCAGAUUUUAGAGCAACAGACUUUGACAUUGACAGCUGUGUGCAUAAGAAGAGACUUGCAAUAGUUUUAUCAGUAUGUUUUAUUACAGUAGUAGUCCUUUUAUCAUUCUUGGUUUAUAGGUUCCAGUUUUAUCUUCACUAUUGCUGUAUUCUACUGAGAGGCUACAGAUCACCUGGUCAACAAGAAUGUUCCUAUGACGCAUUUGUGAUUUUCUCCAGCUAUGAUGAAGUCUGGGUCAUGAAUGAACUGAUGGAGACUGAGAACGGUAUACCACCUAUUCAGCUUUGCCUUCAUAUGCGGGACUUUCAAGCAGGGAAGUCCAUCGCCUCCAACAUUAUCGAUGAAGGAAUAAUGGGCAGUCGUAAAAUCAUUGUGGUGGUGUCUCAACACUUCAUUGAUAGUGCCUGGUGUCGCUUUGAGUUUGAACUAGCUCAGUCUCGCUUUAUGAUGGAACGCAGUGCCAACAUCAUCAUCAUCAUUCUGGAAGAUGUGGAAGAGAGGAGGACUAAGAAAGUGUUUGGACUUCAUAAGCAUCUGAAAAAGAACACGUACCUAAAGUGGAGCAGAGACCCUUUGAGAAACAUGAGGUUCUGGAUACGCCUCAGGAAAGCUAUCAUUGCCACAAACCAAUAAUAUUAAACUAUAUAUAACUAUAUAACUU